AUGACAAACAAGAUCGUGGUGGCGUUUGAUCUGUAUGGCACCCUGCUGUCGACAGAAAGUAUUGCCCAGGUAUUGGCAUCGCAAUUUGGCGAUGAGAAGGCCGCCUCAAUUGCUGCCGUGUGGAGAAAGUACCAGCUGGAAUAUACAUGGAGAUUGAAUAGCAUGAGACAAUAUGAACACUUCUCCGAAGUGACUCGCAGGUCCCUCCAUCACGCUUUGGCCGAACACGGAGUGAGCCUUAGCGAGGCGGAAUCUGAUCAAGUCAUGAAAGCAUAUGACUCUCUGUCCACUUUUCCGGAUGUAAACCCGGCUAUGAAGCGACUGGCAGAGGAUCCCAACAUUGAAUGCGUGCUAUUCUCCAACGGCACCAAGACCAUGGUAUCCAAUUCAGUCAAUCAGUCCAGGGACCUUGACUCUUCCGUCUUCAAAGACCUCGUCACCGUCGACUUUGUAAGAGCCUACAAACCGGCUCCGGAGGUCUAUAGAUUCCUGGCUCAAAAGGUCGACAAGGCAGGCCAGGAAGAUGGUAUGUGGCUUGUGUCGAGCAACCCAUUUGACGUCGUCGGUGCUCGCGCCGUGGGUAUGCAAGCAGCGUGGGUGGACCGAGCUGGAAAUGGCUGGCAGGAUAGACUGGCUGGUGGGCCAACUGUGACUGUGAGGAGCUUAGAGGAGGUAGCUGAUGUUGUGGGGAAGCACGCUCAUUGA